UAAAACCGACUGAUAAUAGUUUUCUACUUCUCACAGAAUCAUUUUUAGACAAAAAAUAAAGUGGGCCGAUUAUCGCCUUAUGCGGACCCCUCCUUUAUAUCUCUGCCAGUUUUUAAUUUAUCUCGAAACUUUUCUUUAGAUUUGUCGUGAAUUAGCGUAUACUGCUAACAAUUCGGAUGAAAUUGUGCAAUUGAUCGAUCGAUUCAUGCAUGAUACUUAUGUUAUCCCACCAUCUGAAUGGGACCCACAUAUUCGAAUAGAACCACCAGAUCAAUACCUAAGCAAAGAACAACGCGAAGCUCAUACACCUGAAGAAAAGGCGGAUGAUGCGAAAGAAAUUGAUUUGACACCACAUAUUGAUCCGAACUUAAAAGCGUCAAGAAGACCAUUCCACGGUUUGUUAGUUGAUCUUCGUCAUAAAUUGCCACAUUAUGUAUCAGAUUUUACGGACUGUGCCAAUUUACAAUGUUUGGCAGCUACACUCUACUUAUAUCUUGUUUGCCUAUGUUAUGUAGUGGCCUUUGGCGGUAUGCUUGGAAAAGCAACUCACAAUUAUAUGGCUAUUAUGGAAUCAAUUAUGGCUGGAUGUAUUUGUGGUGUAUUAUUUGCGUUGUUUUCUGGUCAACCAUUAAAUAUCCUAUCGGCUACGGGACCAAUGUUAAUUCUAGAAAAAAUAUUGAAUUCGCUAUGCGAGUAG